UAUUCUUCUAGAUCUAUCCAAUCAGCAUAAAGCGCUAACUUCUGCUGAACACAGCCGUAAUUUCAAAUUACGACGCAGAAGUUGGGACGCCCGUGCUUUCCGUAAUAAGUGAAAUAACUCGCGAAAGAGGAAAAGUGAAAGGAGUAACGUCCGAGAGAGGCGCGUCUGGAGGAAAUUGAGCUCAUAAGUUGUAAAAAUUGAGAGCUUCGAUCGACUACUACCAAAAGAAUUUGGUCGUUAAUCGUUACAUUUGGCAAGAAUAUCCGUACGGGCUUGAUAUUAGAGCAACUUGACAAAUCAAGGUAAUUCCACCGCCAUUUUCUGUUGCUAUUAUCGCUUUUACAUUACUCUUUUGACAUGAUCUUUCGUCUGCCACUUACACAAACCGGCUUUUAUCAACGAGUUCUGCUUCUCGUCAGAUGUCAUUUCCAAAUAUGCUUCUUUCCCGUCGACGGAGGAACAAAUUAGCUCCUUGCUGGUUCGCUGCGACGCUCAGUGAGCAAUCCUUUAAGGAACGUCGGAUGACAACAUACCGAUGAGAUGGCGUUUGUCGGCGCAAUUAAUGGGUGGCGUAACGAAAAUUUAUUCUCUUCAGGUUAACAACUGUCUGAAGGAGGCUUUUCAAAUACAUCCAAUGUGUGAAGAUGAAGACUAUUUUCGUGCGAUUGAAGAGCAUACAGAUCGGCCUCCUGCCGAUCCUGUAAUAGAAAUGCCUCACUCAGGUCCAAACAUUCUUAACGCUCCGUUGGAAGAAGACUUGUACCUUUUGUCUGACAUGUCUGACAUGUCUGACAAGUCUGAUGAAAGGUUGAAUAUAGCUUUAUCCUUUGAAGAUGUAACAAUGACCGAACCUCCUGGUCCUGUAGAGGAUGUGACAGUACCAGCUUCUAAAUCGCCUGUAUUGUCUCUAAAGCAAACCAAAACUAGAAAACUAGUUACAGAAGAAAAGAUUGUCUUAAGUGACAAAUUGUUAAAGCCUCAGAAUAUUCAUUGUAAGCCAUUAGCUACGUCGACAGUACCUCAAUUAUUACCGACGACGACAUUGACGAUAGAUCUCACGCAACCUUCUCACUCACGGUGGAACGCCCGCUUAUGCAAACGCUUUUGCAUCGCCGGGCCAUUCACGAAUGUAACUGAAGAUGUUGCACCUGACUGUUGCACCGAACCCUGGCAACUCGCAGAAGCAAUGCGCGUCCCAGAAGAGCCAAUGAACAGGCCAAAUCUUCAUACGGUUGUGAAUACAUUCAAGAAGAUAGAUAUUGCAAUUGCCGAACCUACAGACAGUACUACCAGACGGUCAAGGACCGAGAAAUAUUCAUCAUUAGAAAAGAAGAGUUGCAGUAAGGCAACAUACUUAAUAAAGCAAACAGUAUCAGCGGCGGAGCAAGUGUUAAGGUUUGCUAAAGACCUGGAGAGACUAUAUAUCAACGAGGAAAAAGACAUCCCGAAGAGGACAAGUAACGUCAGUAUUACAGAAGAGAUUGAAAAAGAACAUUCAUCUCGUGAAACACAAGUCGAAAUACCUACGAAGAGAAGAGUACCAGUUCCAGCUCUAGAUAACACUGGCGGUUCCUCGCAGCCUGAUCUGACGAGUCAAGGGUUGUAUGCUCUAUUACAAGUUUUAUGGCGUGACAACGAGAUGGUCAGAUUCAGUGAUCUUAUUUCACCGGAGAGGUACACAAAAAGUGAUGCUGCUACUGCUUUUGGGAUGCUUCUUGGUAAGUGUUGUUACAUUUGCAAUGUUUUUCGUUGUUUCAAAAAGUAGUGGUCAAUUUUACCUUUCUUUGUAUUAUUGUAUCAAUUUAGUGUUAUGCUAAUUCGUUUAUCUGCACUAUUUUUAUUUAUAGAGCUCGAGGCACAAAAAAAACUCGUUUUACAUCAGGCGAGCUGUUUUCGCACUGUAAGGAUUACGAAAUACAAUUAUUCGGAAUAACGGACAUAACUGAGAUACAAAAGUUACAUUACAAUGAUUUUAAUACAUACAUAUGUAUAUCUAUUACAUACAUAUGUAUGUAUAUCUAUUUUCUUUAUUUAUCUAUAAAGAACAUCUUGUAGCUUAUUAAUCCACGCUCCUAGAUGGCGCACCGCGCGCUUUAAG